GCUGUGGGAUACAUCAUGGAGACGUGUUGUGUUCUCGUUAUUUGGAUAUUUAAUCUCCUGGGGGCUGGGCUCGGCGAUUCGGUCGAGCCCAGCGAAGCCGCAGUGUCUGGAGGAGAAGGAGACACGGUGACACUCAGAUGCUCUUACAAUACGGACUAUUCUGGUGGCAUCUAUCUCCACUGGUACCGUCAGUAUCCGAACCGAGCCCCGCAGUACAUUCUCCGGAGAGGAGCGAAGUCCUACAGCAAACUCAGUGAUACUGCAGAGUUCGCCAAGAAGAGGUUUUCUUCUCAGACUGACGACAGCUCCACCGUUUUAACCAUCAGAUCCCUGGAGCUGGCAGACACCGCGGUGUAUUACUGCGGUCUGCAGAGGGCACAUACCUCAGUUGGGGGGCUAUCUUGUGUUAACACAUGGCCCAUGAUCUUUGGGAAAGGCACUCAGCUGAAAGUUGAACCACAACAUCCAGAGAUUUCCUCUCCAUCUGUCUUUGUUGUGAAAUCGACAAAGCCAAGAGAAAACGAUGGCAACAAGUUGACGGCGGCUUGUUUAGUUAAGGAUUUCUACCCCAGGAACAUAAGCGUAAGCAUGAGUCAAGAGAAAGAGGUUGUAUACAAAUCGAAAGAAGGCAUUCUCUCUUCCAAUGGGAAAUACAGCAUGAUCCAGGUGGUCAAGGUUGAACCUAAUGAAGAAGUGAAGUGCUUUGUUGAACACGAAAAAGUCUAUAUUAACCAGACAGAGCCUCAAUCAGCUCCCAUUCAGGCCCCAAUCAAUAACACUCAGUGGUGUGAACCUUCAAAUUCCACUUCCGAAGAGCCAAACAUGGAAAAAGUGAACAUGCUGUCAGUGACUGUGCUGGGCCUGCGAGUUCUGCUUGCCAAAAGCAUCGCCUUCAACAUGCUUAUGACGGUCAAGUUGUUCAUUUUCUGAGGUUGUGAGGAGUGAACUAGCAACGGGCUGAAGACAGGAGACUGGGACCAGUGCCAGCGACUUCAGUUGGGGCGGAUUCCCAACUGGUAUAAACCAAUGUAAUGCUAUUGGAGGGAGUUGGAACAAAUCCCCAGCUGGUGUAAAUGGCCUGUCGUGCCCUCCGAGUCAAUGGGCCGCAUCCCCAGCUGCUGUCAAUCGGCGACUUUAAUACAUCUAUACCAAUUAUCACCUUCUUGGGAUUUGUCCCUAGAUCUUCUUUUCCAUGUUUUAAAUUAUUCAUUUCUUUCUGUUCCCCAUUCCCUUCAUUGCUAGUUAGUUCUGACUCUUAACUGACGUAUAACAAGAUAGUAAGUACUUGUAUUCUUCUUCAGUCUUCUGUUUAAUAGGAAUAUUUAGCAGGAAGUUUCCCUACCACAGUAUUACAUUGAGGCUUCCAAAUCCCUUAGGCAGCUUUGCAGAAUCUCAGUUUGAUUUUUUUCACUAUAUAAAAAUACUGGUUUAUUGCUUAGGAAAUCCAUUCAUAGCUGAAGCAUUUAUCAUUUUAGUGUAGAAAAUUUGCACCAGGUCUGUCACUGGUAUAAAUUGGUGCAACUCAGUUGACUUCAACAGAGCUGUGCUGACAUACACCAGGUGGGGGUGUGGCGACACAUGUACUCACGUUAUUUGUGAUAGCUGGUCAUUUCACCUUGGAGAUCUGUGCAUUUAUAUGAAACUGGUGGUUGCAGCUUUCUGUGCUUAUUACGGAAAUAAUAAAGGUGAUUGUGCAAAGGGAAA